AGCUGGGGGACAUAAAGGGGGAAGCUCAGGGCUGGAGGUGAGGAUUAAGGGGUACCAGCAGAGCUGUGUGGUGAGAAAUUUUUCACUGUUCCUUCAUAAUCUCUCCCGCACAAUGGAGUUCCCAGAGUUAGGGGUUAGGGAGUCGGGAUUCCUGGUUUCUAGUCUCAGCUCUUCCACUAACUCACCACAUGCCCAUGGAGAUGAAGUUAGUUACACAAUGUCAGAGAGACACAGAAAUAGAAGCCAGGAAUGCUGGCUGGCAGCCCCCACUGCUCUCACCACUAGACCCUGCUCCCCUCCCAGAGCUGGGAGAGAACCCAGGAGUCCUAGGAUCUUGGCCCUCAUUCCCUUAAUCUUUGCCCUGCCAUCAUCUCAGAUCUGCAAAGCUUUGACCUAUGUCAGCUGUUGGCUGUUGACUCCCACUCCUCUGUCUUGCCCUCUCCAAGGCAAUAUUAGACUGGAGAACACUGUGGGUAUUACACCAAUUAGUCCAGCCGUGCAGCUCAGUGCAGUGGUGAACGGCCAAGCUGUGUCUAUAGACCUGGUGCCCACCAUCCGGAAUAAAGUGGACAUGUCCAAGGAUUGGCCGCAGCAGGAUCUGAGGUGGCUCUCCGACUGGUGGGACCGGGAGCAGGGCACUGAGCAGAGAAAACCCACCUGGAAUACCGAGGAAAUUUACAACACUGGGACUGAUCUGGUGGCCAAGAAUUCGUACUGGAGGCUCACCUUCUCCCUGGUGGAGACCCAGUUCCUCAAGGACAUUGACGCCGAUGGUGGGUGCAGGCGGAAGGCGCUGCGGGUGCUGAAGCAAAUCAACAUGGAGAAGUGGGUACCGCGCUACGGCAAAGUCCUGACCUCCUACCACCUGAAGAUGGUCCUGUUUUGGGCUUCCCACCUCAGCCCAGAGACAGAGAACUGGGCCAUGGAGCCGGAUGCUCUGGGGACCCUGCUGAAGGUGCUGGAGUUCUGCCUGGAGAAGAAACACCUGCCCAGUUACUUCCUGCCGUCCAUUAAUUUCUUCGACUGGCACCGGACUGAGGAGGAGAAUUCCCUGAGGAACCUGGUGCUGGAGGCGCUCAGACUGGAGGUGGGGCUGAUGAGAUGCAGCCCAGAACAGUACCUGCAGCUGUGCUACGACCUGGCCAAGCCCCAAGGCCCGGGACCCUUCGUCCAAUGGGCGCGGGAGCUCGACGCCUUUAGAAGGGAGCAUCAGAACGACUUUGAAGAGUUCAAACACCUGAAGAUAUCUUUUGACACGAGCCUCUUCACGGAGCUGUGAGCAGCCUCCGCUCCCAACAGCGAUAGUUGGGCUUUUAUCUGAACUGACAGACCCCAGUGGGUCUGCACUUGCUCUGCAUUUACACUGGGGGAACGGAUCUUUUACUUCGAACCCUUGAGAUACGGAACAAUAAAUAGUCUCAAGUUC